CCAGGUGCGGACAAAAAUAUGAAAUGAAGUUGUUGCCCUUCAGGAACUUCAAAUCAUGUCCUUCACCUCUAUCACUUUUGGAGAAGAACAUGACUGGAUCCUGGAGACUAUUCCUGCUCUGUUGUCUCCUGCAAGGUGAUGGAUGCAGCUCUGCAAUAUUUGAGGCCGUAUUGCCAGAUGAAGUGACGACACUCAGUGGAUCCUGUGUUACGGUUCCUUGUUCCUUCACCGUGCCGGACAAGUAUAAAGCCAAUCUACAUCCUGGAUGUAAACCGACAUGGAAGAAAGAUCAAAUAACUAUCAGUACUACAACAUUCAGGGGAAAACUAACAGCGUACAACUGUACUGCAACAUUAAAUAACGUUCUUGAAGACAAUGUUAAAAAUUAUUUUAGAAUUGACUGUGGAAAUCCAUUAAAAUAUGAUUUUUCAAAAUACCCAGUGACCAUCCAGAUCAAGGGGCUCCCUGAUGCACCUCGUUUGACCACCCCCAAGGAGCCGGUGGUGGAGGGGACUCCUGUGGAGCUGGGGUGCUCUGCCCCGUCCUACUGUGACACCCACCCCCCCACUGUGACGUGGACCCCCACCCUGGGGCUCAGCACCCAGCUCCAGCAGAACGAUACCGUGACCUCCACUCUGACCUUCAACGCCUCCCACCUCCACCAUGGAAACAAUGUCUCCUGCACUGCGGCCUACUACAUACCAUCUGGGAACAAAACUGUGACGUCUACAAGAUACCAACUCAGUAUCUCAUAUGCCCCCAGGAACACCUCUGCUGUCGGCAGCCCGUGUCUUCCAGCCAGAGAGGGAGGCUGCCUGAACCUGACCUGCACCAGCAAUGCUAACCCUGCUGUCAGCGAGGUCACCUGGUACCGAAUACACAGAGAAUGCAUCCAUAAGAUCGGGAAUGGAUCUUCUCUGUCCAUCCAGCUGUUUAACGCCAAUAACGUUUUCUUCUGUGAGGUCCGGAAUGACUUUGGCACAGAAAAGUCUAAUGUCUUCGAGAUCGACAUUCAAGAUGCCCCCAGGAACACCUCUGCUGUCGGCAGCCCAUGUCUUCCAGCCAGAGAGGGAGGCUGCCUCAACCUGACCUGCUCCAGUCAUGCUAACCCUGCUGUCAGCGAGGUCACCUGGUACCGAAUACACGGAGAACACAUCAUUGAGAUCGGGACUGGAUCUUCUCUCUCCAUCCAGCUGUGGAACGCCAAUAACGUUUUCUUCUGUGAGGCCAGGAAUGACAUUGGCACAGAAAAGUCUAAUGUCUACAAGAUCGACAUCCAAACUCCUCCCAGGAUCCUGCCCGCUUCAAACUGCAGCAGAAUUGCAGCCUGGGUGCGAUGUUCCUGCGACAGCGUGGGCAGACCAUCACCGUCUCUGGAGUGGAGGUUGGAUGGGAAACUGGUGUUGGGUUCUGAAGACGUGUCUGUUAGCCAGGUCAACCUGGAGAACGCCACGUUGAGGAGCUCCCUCAUAAUGAGGGCCCCUGCUGGUCUGACAGCCUUGACCUGCCACAGCUCCAACGCUGCCGGGAACACCAGCCAGGAGCUUCCUGUCCCCCACCUGGAUACACAGCCAACCCUGACAGACCAACUGCCCUGGAUAGCUGCUAUAGCAGUGCUAGCCGCGGUUCUGCUGUUUGCAACAGCGUGUGCCGUAAGAGCUUGGAAGAUGGCCAACCAAACAAGUCUCGGCAAGGAUGCUCUACUCAACAAAUCUCCACCUAACCAAGGGAAGCCCCAGAAAAUUGUGGGACUGGGAGAAAAGGCUGCUGGACUGGGAGAAGAGGCUGUUGGACCGAGAGAGGAGGCUGUAACAGCAGCAGGUUCCUCAGCCUUGACCCAACGGGAUUCAGAAGAAGCAGCAGACCCAGCAGCAGACAGAGCUUGGAAAAUGGACAACCAAACAGGACUCGGCAGCGACGCUCUAAUCAACAAAGCUCCACCCAACGUAGAGUACUCCCAGCUGUUCUUCAAAAGUGGAGCGGACACCUAUGCCACCAUUGAUAAACUGAAGAACACGGUCGGACCGAGAGAGAAGCCUGUUGGACUGGGAGAAGGGGCUGCUGGACCGAGAGAGGAGGCUGUAACAGCAGCAGGUUCCUCAGCCUUGACCCAACGGGAUUCAGAGGAAGCCGCAGACCCAGCACCAGACAGGCAGGUGGCGGACUGUGAUGUCCUGUACACAACAGUGAACUGGAAGAAGAAGUCCUAGAAAAAAGAGGUCUGAGCUCCUGGGGAAGAGACCCUCUGGGGCCCAGGGCCCCGGAGGCCCCUACACUUCCUCUGGGGGGGAUGAGGGAUGAGCUAAGGGCCGGAGGGAUGAGCUAAGGGCUACAUUGAUGAGUAAAGGCUAGGGGGAUGAGUUAAGGGCUACAUUGAUGGGUAAAGGCUAGAGGGAUGAGUUAAGGGCUACAUUGAUGGGUAAAGGCUAGCGGGAGGAGUUAAGGGCUACAUUGAUGGGUAAAGGCUAGCCUAGAGGGAUGAGCUAAGGGCUACAUUGAUGGGUAAAGGCUACAGGGAUAAGUUAAGGGCUGCAGGGAUGAGUUAAGGGCUGCAGAUUCACAAAGAAUCUCAGGGUUGAAAGUUGCUCACAAGUGGCGAAUUUAGGAGAAACCCCUAAAAAUAAUGGGCGUGUCAGUCUUGUCAGUCUUUGGCUCCUAAUUGAUUUUACUUGGAGCAAUUCACAAAGUAUUUUAGGCCUAAAAGUAGCACCUAAGUCUAGGGGAGCUUAAAAGCCCUCGAGAGGACUCUUAACUCAGUAAGAGCUAUUCACAAAGAAUCUGAAAACGGCUGCAUCGAGACGAAAUGUUUUGGAGGCAAUGGAGGACUGCGAAUUGAUAAAUAGAUAUAGGCGUAAGGGUAUCAAACUUGUGGUUGAAUUUGUGAAUAACACCUUGAUAUUUAGCAACAGGGAAUUCGCAACUUUGCAAUGCUGACGAUUUAGGAAUAUCGCUGUUAAGGGAAAUGUAUAAAUAUGUCCUCAGUUGUUUUAUAUAUAUAUAUAUAUAUAUAUUGUGAUUAUUCUUUACCCAAGUCCACAGCAUAAUUAUUGCACCACUGUGGGGAGCUGUGUAAGGAUGCAGGCUUGCAUAUGUAAAUGAAGGUGCGUUCACAUCAAGCACUUGUUCAGGAUGUAUAAUGCAGUUCUAAGAGAGCUCGGCUGAGCGUAACAUGUAUAAAUGGUAUUGAGAAAAUAAACCAUGCCAAAGAGCUAAAGAGUU